AGCAGAGCAACGCGCCACACAAGCAAAGAACCCCUCACUCACUCUCUCUCUCUCUCUCUCCUCUCUCUUACCGCACAUGCGCGUCGGUCCGGGAAGCUGCCUGCUGCUGCCGACAACCGCAACCACAAUGGCCGUCGCCCACGCGCCGCAGCGCCGCCGGGGCGUGCUCCUCCUCGUGCUCGUCGCCGCGCUCGUGGCGGCGCUGCCGGCCACCUGCGCCGCGGCCAGGAGCAAGAGCAAGAAGUCGUACACGGCCAUCUUCAGCUUCGGGGACUCGCUCUCCGACGCCGGCAACCUCAUCGUCAACGGCACGCCCAAGGCGCUCACCACCGCGCGCCCGCCCUACGGGAUGACCUUCUUCCGCAAGCCCACCGGCCGCUGCUCCAACGGCCGCCUCGUCGUCGACUUCCUCGCCGAGCAUUUCGGGCUACCGCUGCCACAGCCGUCACAGGCCAAGGGCAAGGACUUCAAGAAGGGCGCCAACUUCGCCAUCACCGGCGCGACGGCGCUGGAGUACUCCUUCUUCAAGGCACACGGCAUCGACCAGCGCAUCUGGAACACCGGCUCCAUCAACACCCAGAUCGGCUGGCUCCAGGACAUGAAGCCGUCUCUCUGCAAAUCGGACCAAGACUGCAAGGAUUACUUCAGCAAGUCCCUGUUUGUGGUCGGGGAGUUUGGGGGCAAUGACUACAAUGCGCCUCUGUUUUCUGGUGUCAAAUUUUCUGAAAUCAAGACUUAUGUGCCCCUUGUUACAAAGGCCAUCGCCAACGGCGUUGAGAAAUUGAUCGAGCUUGGGGCAACAGACUUAUUGGUGCCGGGCGUUCUCCCAAUUGGUUGCUUUCCAUUGUACCUGACGUUGUACAACACCAGCAGCAAAUCAGACUACAACGCCCGCACCGGAUGCCUUCGGAGGUACAACCGCCUCGCCUUCCACCACAACAGGGAGCUGAAGCAGCAGCUUGAUGAGCUUCAGAAGAAGUACCCCAAGACAAAAAUCAUGUAUGGGGAUUACUUCAAGGCUGCAAUGCAGUUUGUCGUCUACCCUGGAAAAUUUGGUUUCAGCACGGCUUUGCAAGCAUGCUGCGGCGCAGGAGGGCAGGGCAACUACAACUUCAACCUGAAGAAGAAGUGUGGCGAGCAGGGCGCAAGCGUGUGCUCCAACCCGUCGUCGUAUGUGAGCUGGGACGGCAUCCACAUGACUGAAGCUGCAUACAAGAAGGUCGCCGAUGGCUGGUUGAAUGGCCCGUAUGCUGAACCUCCGAUUCUCAAGUCAUAAUUGAGAUAGCUAAACUGUAUGUAACACCGCCGCAGCAGCUGCAAACGGCUAGAGAUAUGAGGAGUGUUUCAGGCAAUAGAUAAGAUAUGUUCCGGUUCUCGAGUCACAGUUAAGUUAUGGGUAAGGUAAAGCUGUUUUAGUCUGGUCAUUGAAAGAUUUGUUGUAUAAACUGUGCCGGUAUAGAUAUGUUCCCAGCUGAAAUGGCUGAAGUACAGAUGCACCGUGGAUGACAUGUUUCCUGAUUCUUUUCAUUUUUCAAAUAUUAAGGCAACAAUGAGAUAAUAAAAGUAACUAAGUUUCUGCAA